CAUUUUAAAAUAUCGGCAUUUUUAAGUAAUGGGAAUAACAAAGGUUUUUUUUUAUUAUUAUUAUUUUGUUGGUCACAUACUCUCUCAAUCCUGGGGCCUGUCUCAUAAAGCAGGAUUUUGUUUGGCUAGGUAGCGCUCUUAGAGGUUAGUUUGAUCUUAGUCUAUUUCCUCAUAGUUGUUCACUUUUUAUUCCGUUAAACUGCUGACUUUUAUAUUACACAGUUAAGUUGUUGUGGGGAAGGUUAGAUUCUGGAUUACAGAAAUUAAACAGCUGUUCAUCAGUUAGAUACUAACUGUGUGUCUAAAAAAAUGGCACUUAUUCCCUAGAUUAGGCUACAAAACUUUCACUGUGAAAAUGGCUUUAGCAUCCCUUUAAAACUUGUGGAUAUAAGAGUAUAAAUUGUGAAAAGUCACUUUGCACCAUAUGCACAGAUGUAGAGAAUUCCCACAGAAAUUCAUUUUAGGGUGUGUUAGAGCACAUUCCACUCUCAGCUAAUGCUCACACUGUUCUAGUAUAUUUAGAUGUCAUUGAUGAUGGCAAGAAUAUCAGCAAACAUACUGCUUGCUAAGCUCAUCACAAGGUGGUGGUUUUACCAUUUACCCAAUAUGGCCACAAAGGGGACUUCUACAGAAGUGUAUUGAUGGUGCAAAGAGAACAUGGUAAUUUUCUUUAAUCACAGGUAUCAAUAAUGGAUCAUCAUAGUAUAAUCUAACACGCACGUUAUCGCACACGUUUUAAUCUGGAUCACCUCGUGCAGCGUGAGAAGUAAUAAUUUUAAAAGAUAUCAAAUUUAACUGAAAUCACGCAGCGUAAAACAGGGUUUAAUGAGGAACCCAAGUUAUGUUAAACCUGCUUUAUGAGCCCGACACCUGGAUAUAGGACUGUGUGUUGACAUCAGAAUGUUAUAAGUAGCCUAACCUACACAUCUUAUGACCAUGUCAUUGUUCACAAUGAGUACAUGUUUAACGACAACGUACUAGACUGUGCUUUUUGCUUUCAAUACGUUUAUGAAAUGGUUUAUGAAACUACGCCUGGAUUUUCCAGUCAGAACGUUCGAGUUGCCUUUGUGUAGGAUAUUGAGGUGAAGUACACAAUCUUUUACUUUGUUCUAUCCUUAUUGGGAAGAGAGGCAUGUUUUUAAACAGUAAACAUCUGAUAAAAUAUAUUAUGUUAUUUUAUCAGUUUUAGAUACUUUAUUGCGCUAUCCGUCUACUUUGGCAUUGUAAUCAUCUUCAAUCUGCAGUAUGUAUAUACAUUUUAGUAAUUCAUGUACAUCCAAAGACUGAACUAGUUUUUCAGAGCAUUAAUAGUCUGUGUAAUGUCAGCCCAUAACGCCUGAUGUUUUCCACACAUGCACAUCUUUUGCUAUGUAAAUUCUGCACCAUAACUUAACCGCACAAGAAGUUGUCUAUUACUUUUCAUAGUUAGUUUCUGAUUUAAUAAGCACUCCUAUCCAUCACUACAGCGUAGAACAUACUGGGAAGGUACUGUUAGUCAAGUUAUUUGAAAGAAAAAGGGCUUAUUAGUGUUAGAUUUUAUUAUUUUUUUUUAAUCUAUGCAAUGAUAAGUUGAACUUAUGUGAAAAGUAAAUUGGUGCUUCCAAGUUGGCGUUAAUGUUUUUCAACGACUCUAGUUACUAUACAGUUAAAGCUAAAUCUUAUGAAUCUGACAUCCUCUUGAAUCCGACUCAGUUUUCACACUACAUGUUCAUCAAUUCUGUGCAAAUAUAAUGUUUUUUUUUUUAUUUUUAUUUUUUUUCUAUUUUCAUAUGGAGAAUUUUGUAGAUUUUAUUUGAAUGUCUGUUGUCUUUCAAUCUUGUCCAGUCAAACUAAUUGUGAAUUGAUGAUUCUGGUCAAAGAUCAGUCAGAAUCAAUUGUCUACUUUCAAGUUUUGUAUAGGGUAAGGCCAGCAAUUUUUCAGUGCUGUGUUGGUAAUAUUUCAUAAGUAACUUUGCAUAUGGCAUACCACACACAUCUGUGGAAUUGGCUCACUCAAUUUCAGAAAUUAUCAUUUUUGGCAUUCCUGGGUACAUGCAAGGUUAAAAACUAUAAAUGAAAUCUCAAAUUAUGGUGCUUAUCUCCAGUAGGCCAACAUGUCUUAAUCUUUUGCACAUUUUAGCCAUGACCUGCCAUUUACUUUCCUCUUGGUAAUAUUGGUCCUACUGAAGCCAUCAAGAAAUUUUCUCCACUAUUUACCUAUAAAUGAGCAAUGUUGUGACACUACCGCAAACUUUAUGUACUGUUAUGUUGCAGGAGACAGUGUGUUUUACUUUCUGUUUUUCUUUCUGUGUAUAUUUAAAGCAUUAGCAGGGGUGGACAAAUCAUUAGGCUAGGUACCUGAAGCAAGCAGGUUCAGUGUUCAGCAGGGUGUUAAUAUGGAUGACCUUUAAUGGAUGCUAGACAAUAUUUCCAGAAUCAGGAAUAUGAAGGGAAACUAAGCUGAGCCAAAUAUAGUACAGUACAGCACAAAAACUUAUUUAAAUCUAAUGUUAUGUCAACACACAGGCACCUCGUGAUUAACACUUUAUCGGGCAAACAUGAAGACUCCAACUAGACUUAAAUAUCGUCUUUAUGUGCAAGAACACACCAGAGCUCAUAGCUGAAAUCUUAGCCAAAGACUUCCUGCCUUUUUUGUCUAGGGUCCAAUUACAAUUCAGAUUAUCAGGAGAGAGAAAAAACUAUAACUACAUAAAACCACCGCUCCCAGGGAUUCAGGCACUCUUUGAAAUCUAUUCAGCUAGACUCAACUAGACUAAUUUGCUUGUUGUAUUUAAGUUAUAUUAUGUUAGUUGCCACAUUUUCUAUUUAAAUAGGUUUUGGGCAACCACACCAUGGAACUUGGUAACACAUUGGAACUUUUAAUGGUGGGCUGAUUAAUAAAUUGAUGAUUUGUCCACCCCUGACCAAUUAGUUAAGAACCAGCAUUUUGAUAUUGCUGGAUCUACAGAGGUCCGUCAGAACACUUCUGUUACAUUUUCUAUAUACUGGAAAUAUUUGUAUUUUAGAAGUGUAUUCAAAAUAGGACAUGUAGCAUUUAUAUGCCAAAGGCUUGUAUUACUUUUUCUGUUUUACUUCUUCCAUGCACCUGAACAAUGUGUUGUUUUCCCAAUAUGUAAGAAACAAAGGGAAUUUGUGCGUGUGUGUGUGUGUGUGUGUGUGUGCGCAUUGGUGUGAAUGAGCAACAAAUAGUGAACUUUCCCGUUGCUGUUAUUGAAUGUUAAAUUUUUUGUGGCUGAUUUUAGUACAUUUGUUACAGUACUAUCAGAUAUACAAAGAUAUCAUCUCCAUCCUGAGGAAAAUAUACAGCUGAUCAAACCAAAGAAUUUUGUAAUGUACUUUAAAUUUAAUAAAGUGAUGAUUUUUUUUUUUUCUUGUUUUGUUCCCAGCAUGAGAAAACAGCAUAUCUCUUUUAAAGAGUUUGUUUCAUAUUUGGUAUAGUUAUUCUAUUUUUUAUAUCUCAUUUUGUUGUGUUAAAUAUACUUUACAAUGCAACUUGUUUGGUCUCAUUUUGUGGUUUUAAUGAAUGCCUUCACAUUUACAUUUACAUUUGCAUUUAUUUAUUUGCUAAAUGCCUUUAUCCAAAGCGACGACUUAGUGAGCCAGAACACAAUCCCAACACAGAGCUGAGCUGCUUUCUCAAAAUGUAGUCAGUCAUCCAAGACAUGCUUGCUACUGAGGUUUUGCAUUGGCAUUAUAAGUCUGAUGUACACUACUAGUCAAAUGUGUUUUGAACUCCUACAGUUUAUGUUCUUACAGUCUACUCACUAUUAUUACCACAGACCAAACAAAAUGAUAGGGAAUAACAAUUAAAUAAGGAAACUGAAAUCUUUGUGGAACUUAUUAACUGCUCGCUCUCAGAUCCUAAUGAGACUGUAAAUUAGUGUUUUAUUUAAGGCUGUCGCACUUGGAUGGUGAAACCAUAGCUAUAGCUGGUAAAGCUUAGUGCUAGAAUGAACUGUGCAGCAAAAGUAUAUGGUGUGUUAUGACUCUGUAUAUACCACAGCUAUGCUGAAUUCUCAAAUCUGAUUGGUCAGAGGUUAUGUAUGUUCUGCUCCUCACCAUCUAAACCUAAUAAUAAACUGAUUAAAACAUUAUUAUUUAACAAGGAAAAGCAUCUAAUACUUGAUUUGUUCGAUAUGAUUCUGUAAGGAGGGGUUUAUUUAAAAAUGAUGCGAGGAGUCUCAAGUGUUAGCACUUUGUUAAACUAGCAUUUCAGGAUUCUUUUAAGUUUUCUACCACAGGAAAAGCUUCAGGACCGGAGGAUGUGUUUUGCAUUUUUUCCCCUCUUUUUUUGUCCUAUUAUCUCCAAGAGAAAGUGAAGGAAUGACUGGUUAUCGCUGCUAUAAUGUGAACGAUAACAGGAACUGAUUUUGUUUUGAUGUUCAGUAACAUUAAAUACAACUAUAAAUGGAUAAAAAUUAUGAUGUUUAGUUCUGCAGUAAAUAAAGAUUUGUUGUUGGCAAAUUGCUGCGGUUUAAGGGGAAUAAAAUACUUCGAAACGUGCGUUCGAGGUUACAGUACUUACAAUACUGGACCCUAAAUCUUCAGCAAAUUUGCUCAAAAUGUUGAGCAGAAUUCUGUCUGUUUUUUAAUCAGAUAUAGUAACCGGAUGAUUUUUUUUUUUCAAGCAAAGGAUUGUAUGGUUUGUCGUGCACAUAUUUAUGGGGGAAAAAUCGUUUGGGGUGAGCUGGAUGUUUCACUGAAAAAUUAAAGCCGCAAACAUUGAACGUAUUAGCUGACUGAUUUGUAAGUUAAGGAACAUUGUACAAAUGAGAUUUAAAGAUUAUUCAAAAGCCCAACAGUGGUUCCCGAUUGUGUGAGGGUCUUAGUUAAUGAGUGUUGUGGUUAAUGAUCCUUUCUAUUGCACACGGAUCUUAAAAGGACUGUGUCAAAUCUGCUGUACAAAGACCACACUUUUCAGGUGUACGUUCGGAGUCAAAUGACGUCCAUCCCUCUGGCAUUCAUUACAUGUACGCCAUGCAGGAGUCGUCACUAACCAAAUCGCCUUAAACGUUGGUACCCUCAUUUGAGUUGGAAAUAGGAAUGCAUUCAAAUGUAAAUAUGUUUAUUUUCGAUAUGUCCCUCACUAUUAAAGAUAUCAGCAAGGCUCCAGGUUAACAGGUUUGUUUUGUUUUGUGUGUGCAUGUGUGUGCAAUGCAAAGUAUGUUAGUGCUUGUCAGUGUUUUCUUAACCCACAUGGGCUCCGGUUACCUGCGUGCACUUCAUCGUGGGCGGAUCUGCUUGGGAAAGAACAGGUAUAAGUGUGUGAAGCCUCACAUGCUUGGAUACACUCUCAGUUACUCAGCUUAGCAGCUCUUUUAUGCGAAACACAAAGGAUUACAAUGCGAUUGGCACCUUUCUCUUGAAACCGAACGGAAGGCCAUCCUGAGAGAAGACUUCCUCACCAUGGCAAUGGGUUUUUCCCAGGAUCAGGUGGCGUGUGUGUGUGAGGUUCUGCUUCAGAGCGGGUGUAUCGAACGCCUGUCCUCCUUCCUUCAUUCUGUACCUUCUCUCUCCACAUGCCCUCCGUUCUCGCACCUAGGCCCACAGCACAACAUGGAGAGCUUGUUGAAGGCGCGGGCAGCCGUGGCCUUCCACCAGGGCCGGUUCAGCGAGCUCUACGCUCUCAUAGAGGGUAAUAUGUUCUCCCCACGCAGUCACUCACUUCUCCAGCAGCUCUGGCUCCGGGCGCGCUACCUGGAAGCCGAGCUGCAGCGAGGGCGCCCUCUUGGAGCUGUGGGCAAAUACCGUGUACGGCGCAAGUUCCCCCUGCCUCGAACCAUCUGGGAUGGAGAAGAGACAAGCUACUGCUUCAAGGAGAAGUCACGGUGUGUGCUGAGAGAGUGGUACUGUAGGAAGCCCUAUCCUUCACCCAGAGAGAAGCGGGAUUUAGCCACAAUGACUGGUCUCACAGCCACUCAGGUCAGCAACUGGUUCAAGAACCGCCGUCAGCGGGACAGAGCUGCUCAGGGCCGCAAAGGACAAAUGGAGGAUGCUGUGCCGGAGUGCUUGGGCUCAGAAGGCACAACUAGAGGUUCACUCCACAGGUCUGACGAUGACCUUUCACCUCCGCCGAGCCCAAGCUCGAGAGGAGAACUGUUGCCCUGCUCUCAGCUCUCCUCGGCUCAGCCUCCACCUCUCAGGCACCUCGGAGCUGCACACUACUUUCCCUACUGAGGCGACUGGAGUCUUCAGUAAAGAAUAAACACACUUCAAUGAGCUGGAGUAUGAACAUGGACAUACAGCUACUGCCCCCCAGUGACGAGAAAGCAGAAAUUCCCUCAUAGACUCCUUAGUCUGUGUUGGAUACACUGUACAUGCCUCAUCAAGAAGACAAAAAGAAAAUGUCUUUUUAUGCUCCAGGAAAUUGCUUCAUGUUUAAAGAAAAAGUUCAUGUUAAAAAAUUCCUUUCCUAUUUGUGUUUUUGCCUCAAUUUUGUAACAAACCAUGUUUACUUUAUAUUGCCGUCAAGAAGGUGGUGCAACUUCUGCAGCAAACUGAUGUAUAUCUAUUUCAUUUCCUCGGUUACAUUUAUUGGGUACAAUUUUGUUACUUUAAAAAGAGAGAGAGAGAGAGAAAAAGAUCUUUACAAUUGCCUAUUUUAGACAUUCUUCUGGGCAUAUAAUGCACUGCAGCACUGAUUUUACAAUGACAUCAUGUUACACCCUAUGUAGUGAGCAUAUGUAGUGAAUAGGAAGCCAUUUGGAAUUUCACCUGAG